AUGGCUGCGGGCUCACCGGAGAAUCGAGAGGCGGUACAAGUUUCACCAGACUCUGCGAUUUCCGUCACCACCGACAACAGCAAAUCCUUCGGCCUCGGUCAACAUUACACCGAGUUACCCGGUUUCGGCUUGAACGACUGCGUCUCUGUGCUGGAGAGUCGGGGAUCGAAUGAACCGGCUGGGGGCCAGUCACUUCAGGAGAAGCGACUCUCCGCUCUCCUCACUUCGGAGGCUGGGGAAGAGGAGGAGGCUUGA